AUGAACUGUCCCUCGCGCACCGACGAUGACCUUGUCCAUCCCGAUUGGAACCAGAACCCGCCCUAUCUCGCCCCCGAUCUCACCACCCGCCAAGACUUGAACGGCAUCUCCAACGCUCGGGAGUUGCAGGACCGCGCGGGGCUGGUCGGAGUGUCCUUUGCAGGCUGGGAUGAAGGAGGAAUAACGGCUGCUAGAGAAUCAGGACGAGAGAAGAAAAGUCCCGGUCCUCAGGGAGCGUCUCUGACUCUGUCAGGACGCUCCAUUUCCCCGACCAGCAGCCAUGCUGCUAUAUCAGGGGACAAACUAUUAAAUACGAAUCAAGCAUGGAAGACGGCCAAAGAAUGGGCAUUGUGGCUGCUGUCCGUUGCGGUCGCAUCGACUAUAAUUUCCCAUAUUCGACACCCAACAAGCAAUGCCGGAAUUGUCAACUUGGAACCACCUCCACGACGUCUCCCUGAACGGUCGACCUGCGAGGAAGGCGGCGUCAAUGGCGAUGAAUACAACCUUCCCUUGCACGUCGCGGGUCUAUUCAUCAUCUUGUCCGUAUCGACGCUGGCCUGUGCCUUUCCCAUUCUUGCCGUCUGGUUUCCCCGUCUGCGCAUUCCACCUUCUUUUCUCUUCUUCGUCACCCAUUUCGGAACAGGGGUGUUGAUUGCGACGGCGUUUGUUCACUUACUUCCGACGGCGUUUACCUCGCUGGGGGACCCAUGUCUGUCGAGUUUCUGGACCACAGACUACCCCGCGAUGCCUGGGGCCAUUUCGUUGGGUGGCAUCUUUCUCGUUACGGUGAUUGAAAUGGUGUUCAGUCCCGCCCGGCAUUGUUGUCGACCACCAACCGAACCGGUUCGCCAAAGUACCCCUCAGGUGCCCCGAAUCGACAUCACGGAGCCGCCCAAUUCAGCCGCCAAUCCAAAGGCUCCGGCGGCGAUGCUGGACGGCAGACACCUGAGCGACCUGGGACCGCUCGUCGGACGUUCUUCCAGCAUGAGUCGAUCCAUCAAGGGGAUAGGACAGGAUCAUGAAGGUAUCUCGCGGGUUCCAUCAGCCCCCGAGCAGUCUCCACAGGGCUGGGAGGAACGGAAGACAGAAGCUGUUGAACAGGAUGUCGAGCGCAGCGACGAUGAUACCUCGAGUGUGCCCCCCGAAUUGCAAGACAAGAAAGCAGUGAUGCAAGUAUUUUUGCUCGAGAUGGGAAUCCUUUUUCACAGUGUGUUUAUCGGCAUGUCCCUCAGUGUGUCUGUUGGGAACUCGUUUGUCAUUCUUCUUAUUGCCAUUGUGUUUCACCAGAGCUUCGAAGGACUCGCGUUGGGCGCCCGCAUUGCGUCGCUGAACUGGCCACGAAAGGCCUACCAGCCAUGGGUCAUGUCUCUCGCAUAUGGAUGCACGACACCCCUUGGUCAAGCCAUCGGCCUCGCCACGCACACUCUGUACAGUCCCAACUCGGAAGUUGGAUUGCUCCUGGUGGGCACUAUGAAUGCCAUCUCGGCAGGCUUGCUGAUCUUCGCAUCGCUGAUCGAACUGAUGUCGGAGGAUUUUCUCAGCGACGAGAGUUGGAAAGUGCUCCGGGGAAAGAAGAGAGUGAUCGCUUGCAUUCUGGUCUUUCUGGGUGCAUUUUGCAUGAGUUUGGUCGGAGCUUGGGCGUAA